UAUAAAUAAGUUAUAAUUUUAUAAAAUUCAAUUUAAAUACAUGUUGUAAUUUUCAUUUUCAGCAUACCAAACAAAUGAAUUCUCCCUUUAAAAUUUCAGCACGCCAAAUUGGGGCUAAGGUAUUUCCUCUCAGAACCCAACGACCGCUUUAUAAACGGAACGGUGGAAGCAAGAAGACAUAGAAAGAGAGACCGAAGCUUCUCCUUCAUCGAUUCAAGACUCCUUCAAAAUUUUCUGGUGUUAAAAAGACUCUGCUUUUGCUUUCUCUGAAGAAUCUUGAUCUGGGUAUUGAAAGAGUUGGUUCUGCGAAUUAAGAAAUUGGUUAAAAGCAUUUUUUUUUUAGUUGCAGUGAAAAUUAGCUCUUUUUGUGAGAAAUGAAUGCGAAUCUUGCGCAAAGAAUGCAAUCUUCUGGUACGUGGAUCGAAUCGGAAAAAUUCUGCAGGAAGUAUCCCACCGGUUCUUUGAGGUGUUCGAGUAGAUUGAAGGAAAAACAGAAAUUUCCAGUGAUAGUUUCGGCUGAUUUUCAGCCCAAGAGAAAUAAAAAUGGGCAUAGAACGGUUUCUUUGAAAGUUUUUUGUUCUUACAGGAACUCCCCAGCUUCAGUAUUGGAAUCUGGAAGUUUCCAUGCUUCAUCUGAUGAAUCUCUGAUUUUAAAGAAUAAGUCACAAGAGGUUGGGCCUUGUAUAAAUGGACGCUGUAUAUAUCUUGUUGGAAUGAUGGGCUCUGGAAAAACCACUGUGGGCAAGAUUCUCUCACAAGUACUUGGUUAUUCGUUCUGUGACUGUGACACAUUGGUGGAGCAGGAGGUUGAUGGAGCUUCAGUAGCUGAAAUUUUUAAGCUCUAUGGAGAGGGUUUCUUCAGAAAUAAAGAGACUGAGGCCUUGAAGAAGUUGUCUAUGAUGCAUCGGCUUGUUGUUUCUACCGGUGGAGGUGCAGUUAUACGGCCCAUUAAUUGGAAAUACAUGCAAAAGGGAAUUAGUGUCUGGUUGGAUGUGCCUUUGGAAGCCUUGGCACAGAGGAUUGCAGCAGUGGGAACGAAUUCUCGCCCACUUUUGCACCAUGAAUCAGGCGAUGAAUACACAAAGGCUUUCAGGCGUUUGUCUACUCUUCUUGAAGAGAGAGGUGAAUAUUAUGCAAAUGCCAACGCUAGGGUUUCUCUUGAAAAUAUUGCUGCAAAACUAGGAUAUAGAGAUGUUUCCAGUAUCACACCAACUGCAAUUGCGAUUGAGGCUCUAGAAAAAAUUGAGAAUUUCCUAGAGGAAGAGGAGGGCAUUGCCUAUAAUGGGAAUGUAGCUUAACAAGACUUUGUCCGGUUGCUUUGUGACUUGCUUCCUCUUUGAGCUGUUGCGUAUGCCACGUUCCUAUUUUUAUUUGCGGAACAUGGCAUGUUGCAUGUAUUAUUUGUGCUAGUGGAUCAUCUGCGAUGCAAAUAACGUGUAAGAUUCUUGUUUUAUGAUGCUGAAAGUGCAAUUUGUAUAUACAGUGAAGUGACGCUUGAUCUUGAGCAACAAAUAAAAAGGCUUGCGUUAACCAUUGUUUAUGCAAGUCAAUGGCAGGUUGAGUUUUGUGGGUUCCUACCUUGCGCCCUUAUCGAACGAGCUUUUAUCCUAGUGGAACUAGAGCAAUGUUUUUCCACUUUUAUGUUCAUGUACUAAUUUCUAUAUAUGUUACACAUUGUAAGGGGGAUUAUUCGACUUUCAGUCUCGAUCAUGCAUUUGGAAA